CAGAGUUGAACAAUGACCAUAGUUGACAAAGCUGAAUCUUCAGGCCCGCCAGCCUAUCAGAACCAGCCUGGCAGUUCUGAGGCUGUCUCACCUGGAGACAUGGAUGCCGGCUCUGCCAGCUGGGGUGCUGUGUCUUCGUUAAAUGAUGUUCCAAACCACACACUUUCUUUAGGACCAGUACCUGGUGCUGUAGUUUAUUCGAGUUCAUCUGUACCUGACAAAUCAAAGCCAUCACCACAGAAGGAUCAAGUCCUAGGUGAUGGCAUUGCUCCUCCACAGAAAGUUCUGUUCCCAUCUGAGAAGAUUUGUCUUAAGUGGCAACAAACUCAUAGGGUUGGCGCUGGGCUCCAGAAUUUGGGUAACACUUGUUUUGCCAAUGCAGCAUUGCAGUGUUUAACCUACACGCCACCCCUCGCCAAUUACAUGUUAUCACACGAGCACUCCAAGACAUGUCAUGCAGAAGGCUUUUGUAUGAUGUGCACAAUGCAAGCACAUAUUACCCAGGCGCUCAGUAAUCCUGGUGAUGUUAUAAAACCCAUGUUUGUCAUCAACGAGAUGCGCCGUAUAGCUAGGCACUUCCGUUUUGGAAACCAAGAAGAUGCCCAUGAGUUCCUUCAGUAUACUGUCGAUGCUAUGCAAAAGGCAUGCUUGAAUGGCAGCAAUAAAUUAGACAGACAUACCCAGGCCACUACACUUGUUUGUCAGAUAUUUGGAGGAUAUUUAAGAUCUAGAGUCAAAUGUUUAAACUGCAAAGGUGUUUCAGAUACUUUUGAUCCAUAUCUUGAUAUAACAUUGGAAAUCAAGGCUGCUCAGAGUGUGAAUAAGGCAUUGGAGCAGUUCGUGAAGCCAGAACAGCUAGAUGGAGAAAACUCCUACAAGUGCAGCAAGUGUAAAAAGAUGGUUCCAGCUUCAAAGAGGUUCACUAUACAUAGAUCCUCCAAUGUUCUUACACUUUCCCUGAAACGCUUUGCAAAUUUCACAGGGGGAAAAAUUGCUAAGGAUGUGAAAUAUCCUGAGUACCUUGAUAUUCGGCCAUACAUGUCUCAACCCAAUGGAGAACCAAUUAUUUAUGUUUUGUAUGCAGUGCUGGUACACACUGGCUUUAACUGCCAUGCUGGCCACUACUUCUGCUACAUAAAAGCUAGCAAUGGCCUCUGGUAUCAAAUGAAUGACUCCAUCGUGUCCACCAGUGAUAUUAGAUCAGUACUCAGCCAACAAGCUUAUGUGCUCUUUUAUAUCAGGUCCCAUGAUGUGAAAAAUGGAGGUGAACUUACACAUUCUCCCCACAGCCCUGGACAGUCCUCUCCCCGCCCGGUGAUCAAUCAGCGGGUUGUUACCAACAAGCAGGCUGCACCAGGGUUUAUUGGACCACAGCUUCCCUCUCAUAUAAUGAAGAAUGCACCUCACUUAAAUGGGACUGGGCCAUUGAAGGACACGCCAAGCAGUUCCAUGUCAAGUCCUAAUGGAAACCCCAGUGUUAACAGGACUAGUCCUGUUAAUGCUUCCACUUCUGUUCAAAACUGGUCAGUUAACAGGCCCUCAGUUAUCCCUGAACACCCCAAGAAACAAAAAAUCACCAUCAGUAUUCACAACAAGCUGCCUGUCCGCCAAGGUCAGUCCCAGCCUAACAUUCACAGCAAUUCUCUGGAGGCCCCUACAAAGCCUGCUCCCUCCUCCACCGUCACCAGUUCUUCUGCAAUACAGUCUACCUCGAACGCAUCGCCGAUGUCAGUUUCUAGUAAAGUAGCAAAAUCAGUCUCCCCAAGCGAGCCCUGCUCCCAGCCGGUGGUGAAUGGCAAGUCCAAGCUGAGCUCCAGCGUGCUGGUCCCCUAUGGCGCUGAGUCCUCCGAGGAGUCCGAUGAGGAGUCCAAGGGCCUCACCAAGGAGAAUGGUGCCAAGGAGAACGGUGUGGGCCCCACACUGAGCCCAUUCCCCACUGCUCAAGAAGCGGAGGAAGGCGAGGCCUCGCAGCCGGAGCUGCUGGAGCCUGUCUCCCUAAAUGGUGCUAAUAGCGCAGAUGGCAACCCGAAGGAGAAUGGCCUGUCCUUUGACAGUGCCAGCUGCCAUGUGCAGCCCUCUCUACUCUCAGAAAACCCCUUUUCCAAAGCAAAUGGUCUUCCUGGAAAGGUGAUACCUGUCCUUUUGCCAUCUCUCCCAGAGGACAAAAUCUUGGACACCUUCAAACUUAGCCACAAAGUCAAAGUUUCAGCGGGUGAAACAAGCAUAUAUGAGAGGAGGUACGGCUGCCUGCAGGCCAUGUGCACCACAGCUGUAUUGCAGCUGUCCCCAGCUCCCAUGUGUGGGCACUGCACGAGCGAACUGGCCCGGGGCCGCGAGGACUUCCACCCCGGGAGGCUCCGCUGGGACCGUGGCUACCGCCACAGGUUCGCGCCCUACGCUGCCCGCGAGCACUGGGCCUCGGCCCGGCCCCGGGACUGCUACUGGGUCCAGGCCCGUGGCCUCGACCGGCCCCGGGACACCACACCGCCGCCCGGGCCCGACGGCGGCCUUCCCGAGCGCCUUCACGGACACGAGAGUGCCAAGGCCCGGAAGCGGAGGUACGAGAGUGUGGACUCCAACCACAGCCACCCCAACAAGAAAGCCCGCAGAAGCUUCGAGAAGGACCCGUCAGGGGAGCCGAGGGCCAAGAAGCACAAAAAGUCAAAGAAGAAGAAGAAGUCCAAAGACAAACAUAGAGAGCGCGACUGCAGGCCCCAGCAGGAUUUGGAGCUUUCCGUAUCAUACUCUGACGCUGACCUCCACAGACACAGAAAGAAGAAGAAGAAAAAGAAGAGACACUCGAGGAGAUCAGAGGACUUUGGGAAAGAUGCAGAACUACACCUAGUGAAAUCCGUGAGCUAUGAGGCCAUGGGCCAUUUCCGGAGAACUGAGGGCAGUGUUUUGCUCACUGAGGGCCCCUUCCGGGAGAAGACGAAGCAUCUGAGGAUGGAGAGCAGGGCCGACAGAUGCCAUCUGUCCGAGUAUGGCCAGGGUGAUUGAAAACUUGGCCUUAGACAACGUCACUAGUUACGAUUCAAUGUGUUCAACAGAAGCCAUCCCCAACCCAGCUUAAAUUAUCAACCUAGAGAAUAACUCUGUUCAAACUGCGUGGUGCUUCUUUUAGUAAAUACUGUACAGAUUUUACCAUGGAGAAUUUUUUUUUUAGUUUUUUUUUUUUUUAGUUUUUUUUUUAGUUUUUACCUUUUCUUAAUUGCCCUUAUUCCAAAAGGAUGAACACUUUCUACAACUGCUGACCAUUGUAAAAUACCGUGUAUAUAAAUCACAUUGAAAUAAUGCCCUGGAAUAGAACAUCUCAAAUGCUGCUUAAUUACAGACUCAGGUUGAUUACUUGUAUUUCAUGUAAUGUUCCUCCACGUUAGACAUCUGGUGCAGACCAACCGGGAAACAAACCAUGGAAUUAUUAAAAGUACAAACCGACAGUGUGCAUAUUUAAUUUAAAGACUUAUUUAAAGAUUUGCAAGCUCUCAACUAGACUUUCGAGGGCAGUCUGUUUUCUGUAAUGUCUGAUACUAGAAACUAAUUUGCUUCAUAUUUUGGUUGUAUUCAAGAUUUGAACGUGUAUUUUAUAGACAAGUUCUGCUUUCGAACUUUGUGAAAAUAUUCCAAUCAAUUACCAGUUAUUAUAAUGAGUAUUUACAUUAUGAAUGUAUAAUUCAAACAUUAUUUGUAAAGCCUGCAGUAUGUUUUUAUUACAUAACACUUUUUUUAUACAGUGUCUCUUGUCCUGAUUAUAUGAUAUUGGAGUCUAAGUUGUCAGCUUGGUCCCUUCAAGUUUCUAGUUACAGACAAAAAUUAUACUGUGAUUUUAUUUUUAAUAUGGAUAUGCUAUCAAACUGUGAUACACUUAUAAUUCACUGGUCCUGCAUCAGGAGAUGGAGUGGGGAAAACUGUAUUUAAUACAGUUUGUGUUGUUCAGAGAUGUCUAAAGUUUGAUCUUUGUUUUUUUAAAGAUUAAAAAAGCACUAGCCCCACUGUAAAUAUACAGCAUGUAAAAUUUAUAUAGUAUAUAAAUGGCAGCAAA